AACACUAAUGAGAAAAUAGAAAGCUGAAUGUGUCUGCUCUGAACUUUUUUAUUACUGCUGUUGUCACAUUUUUAUUCACUUCAUUUUUGCUGCACUUUCUUGCAUGUGGAAAAAUUAAACCAUUAAAAUCAAGAGUAGUUUCUCAGAGGUAAGAGUAAACUGACACUUUAUUCCAAUAAUGUGUUUAACUGACAUCUAGUGUUGAAGUCUUGCAAAUGCAGCAGAGUUCAUGAAAGUGCAGGAAUGAGCCAGUGACAUCUGCACUUUCUGAGUAACAGCUCCACCCAGUGGAGAUCUGUGGAAAUGACCAGAAACUUCCUGAACACUCUGGACCUCCUCCAGUCCGAGUAUAAAAGCUGGACAGUCCCACUGCUGAGACACAAACAAACACAACCAACACAGAAGAAAAGACAUACCUGAACAGAGCUUCAUCUCCAUCCAGAGGACUCCACAGUGAACUCAGAGAAGAUGCUGUGCUCUCAUGGACUCCAGUCUGCCCUCAGUCCAUCCAUGGACUUCUACUGGCCUGUACCCAGUCUGUUCUACCAGCAGGAUCUCCUACACACAAACCUACAGGAGCUGCUCGGCAAUCUGGAGCUGAUGGACAAACUUCAACACCCCCUCCUGGAGGAGACAGAGCCUUUCCAGAGCAGUGUGGCCGUGCAACCAGCGUCCCACCAGCUGGACGGACAGGGAGAGCACUUUGCCGUGACUCUGGACACUCCAGGCUUUUCCCCAGAGGAGCUGUCUGUCAGGCAGGUGGGCAGGAAGCUGAGGGUCAGCGGGAAGACGGAGAAGAAGCAGGAGGACGGGAACGGCUGCUACUCUUACACACUCCAGGAGUUCACACAGGAGCUGGAUGUUCCUGAAGGGCUGAACCCUGAAGCCGUCAGCUGCUGCCUGUCUCCAGACGGGAAGCUCCACAUCCAGGCAGCCAGAGGUCCAUGUGCUGAGGAGGCUGAGAGAGAGCUGACUAUGAAGAGGAGUCUGGAGGAGAAAACACAGCAGAGUGUGUGUUCACAGGAAGAAGACAAAGAGACACACAACAGCACACAGGACGAACCUGCACACAUGGACUGAUCCAGACUGAAUAAGAAGUGUUUCAUAUUAAUCAAUGAUGAUCAGGUGUGCUUUUGUAUAUUUGUAUGUGAGCCUGAACAUGCUAAAUAAAUGUAUUCAU